AAAGAUGAAGGACCAACAGAAACUCUUCCUUAUAAAGAAGUCCAGCAUCCUAUUCUUUCAUUCUUCAUUAUUCGUAUUCUACAACCUCAUUUACAAGCUAAGUUAAGAAUGUUUCACUCUCAAAAUGAAAGGUCUUCAUCUUCUAUGUGUACUCAAAAUGAUUCUGGACUCAUCCUCACCACCGAUCCUAAACCUCGUCUUCGUUGGACUCUCGAGCUCCAUGACCGCUUCGUCGACGCCGUUGCUCAGCUUGGUGGCCCUGAUAAGGCUACACCUAAGACUAUCAUGAGAGUAAUGGGUGUAAAAGGGCUCACUUUGUACCACCUCAAGAGCCAUCUUCAGAAAUUCAGGUUGGGAAAGCAUCCUCAUAAUAAGGACUUCAAUGAUCAUUCAAUUAAGGAUGGUAAGAGAGGUGUGUCUUCGGCGUUGGAUGGUCAAAGGAACACUCCAUCUUCAUUUAUGUGCCGCAAUAAUAUGAACGACAACAGUUCGCACAUAAGUGAUGCUAUCCAAAUGCAAAUGGAGGUGCAAAGAAGACUCCAAGAGCAAUUGGAGGUCCAAAGGCAUCUACAACUAAGGAUCGAGGCACAAGGGAAGUACAUGCAAAACAUAAUAGAGAAAGCAUGUCAAACAUUAGCAGGAGAAACAAACUUAGCAACUAAUAAUAAUUUCUCUAAUAUAAAUUGCAUUGAAGAAUCUCAAUCUCAGAUCGUCUAUGGAGGAGAUCAACCACUAAUCCAGCAUUGUAUGGACACGACGAACCGAGCAUCGUCUAAUUACGAAAAUGCAGGUCAAUUAGGGAAGAAGAGACCAAAUCCAUACAAUAAUAAUGGCAUUAAUAAUAAUAAUGGUAAGAGCCCUAUGAUUUGGUUUGAAGAUUUACGCCUUCAAGAACAACUUGGCCCCUCUGCCAAUUGAAUUAUUACAACAUUGUUAUAGAAGAUGGUUGUGGCUUGUUAGUAGGAGAAGAUCAUAUAUACAUGUACGUCUUAACUACAAGAAAAAGAAAAGAGAAACUCAUUUUAUAUUUUGUACAUCUUUGACACUUAUUGUCCUCUAGCUUAUGAUUAUUAUACCUUAGCUUGUGUUUUGUUGAAUUAA